AAUGCGUUAUGUGUUUGCAAUGUAGAAAGGAAGAUGGAUUUUUUGUCGGACCUGUUGAACCAAAAUGGAGUGGGCAGUAGUGCUGAUCUAGAGUGGGAUGAAACUCAAUUUGCAAGUCCACAAGAGGACCAGAUGGUGGUGGAGGAAGCAGUGGUUGAGGUGGAAGCUAGUCCUGUGUUGAAAGGUAACAAGAAGAGAACCAGAAAUUUUAGUGUUCAAGAAGACAAUUUGUUAGUGGCAGCAUGGCUAGAAAUUAGCAUGGAUGCAGUUCAAGGCAUUGACUAGCCUCGUGCCACCCAUUGGGAAAGAAUUCAUGACUACUAUCAUUUGCACAAGGAAUUUGAUAGUGACCGCAACUGCAAUUCUCUCGCUCACCGUUGGGGUAUUAUCCUAGAAAUGGUCAACAAAUUCUGUGGAUGGUAUGGUCAAGUUCAAAGAGGGGCCCAAAGCGGAAUGACAGAGCAAGAUAAGGUACUGCAAGCUUGUGAUGUAUUCAAAAAUGAGGAAGAGAAAUCAUUCACUUUGCUGCAUUGUUGGAAUAUCUUGAAACAUGAACAGAAAUGGCAUGAGGCAUGUGCUAAUAAGAAACAAAAGACAUCCUCCAAUUCAAGUGGUGUUCCUGCUCAAGAGGAGGGUGCCAGUCAGUCUACAUAUGCUUCCAAUGCAAGGCCAGAUGGUAGAAAGAAGGAGAAAGAGCGGCAACGCAAAGGUAAAAAUCCCAUGUCUCCUGGAGAAAAUCUUUACAUGGAUGCAAUGGAGAAUUUGUGGGUUAAGAAGAAAGAGGUUGAAGAGCUGAAAGAGUUGAAAAAAAAGGAGCGCAAUGAUGAGAGAAUUGCAAUAGAGAUGAAAAGGCUUCAAGUUAAAAUGGAUGCAGAGAAGGAAAGGUGUGAUCUGCAGCGAGAAGAGCUAGAACUAAGGAAAAGGAUAGAAGAAGAAAAAUGGAAGUAGAGAAGGAAAGGAGUGAUUUGCAGCAAAAAGAGCUAGAACUAAAAAAAAGGAUAGAAGAUGAUAAAAUAAUGAAAAUGGACCUUACUGGUAUGAGUGACCGACAACACCUCUACUAUGAAAAAAUGCAGGAUUUGAUCAUUGCUCAACACUUUGGUGGUGGUGGCUCCAAUUGAGGUUGUCAUGCAAUAUGUCAGACUGCAAGAUGAUAUGGACUAUCUAGUUGAAGUAGUGUUAUUCCUGUCAUGUAUGAACUAUUAGUCUAAGUAGUGUUAUUCCUGUCAUGUAUGGACUAUGUACUCUUAUGCUGGUCGUGUAUGGACUAUCUAGACUAAGUAGUGUUAUUCCUGUCAUGUGUGGACUAUGUACUCUUAUGUUGGUCAUGUAUGGACUAUCUAAUCUAAUUAGUGUCGUUCCUAUCA